UCUUUAAGCACAAAAAAAGAUGUUGUAAUAGAAACAUUGGUUUCAGCAUUAGACAGAUAUUUCAAUGACUAAAGGUUUAGGGCAGAAAACAAUUACAAAUUAUGUCCAGUGUAAUCAAGAAUAUUUUGUGUUUUCAUAUUAAUGACCAAGCUGCAGAUCACUGCCUGUCCACAUCUCCCCCCAUACUUCUGUUGACCACUGUUAUAACUUCUUAUCGAACGCACCGAGAACACUAAUCUGGCAGAGGUUCAUGCCAGAAAAGUACUGUGAAGAGAAACACAUUUCUGACACGCCAGGAAGUCUGAUAUGAAAGGGAUCAUUCUACUGGCUUAAGCAUUCUUCUAUAAUAAUAGCCGCAAACCAAGAAAGCAAAGAAUAUGUAAUGACAAAAAAAAUUAUUUAAGAUGGAUUUAAAUGUGAAAAGAAAUUUCUGUGCUCCAUUACACAUGGCAAAACAUUAUCAUGAUGUCUUAGCUCUACUCCACCCAUUUCUCCUCAUGCAGCAAACACCUGGAGGGUGCCAGAUUUCUGCUCCCAUGGGCAAUUUAGAUUUGCACACGUCAUUUAGCAUGGUCAGGGCAUACUAAACUACCCUCUUUCCCCUCCCCAAACGAGAGAGACAGAGAAAGAAUUAAGGAUUUUGGUAGGAGGUGGGGACUGCUGCUGCAACACCCACGACAUUCCCUAUAUAAAGGUUUAACAGUUCCCUGCUCGGCGGUGUCUGCUGAGCAAACAGAGCAGGGCACCUUGAGCACCAUGGCCCUUUCCAUGCGCACCAGCGGCAGCUCCCGGCAGUUCUCCUCUCGGAGCGGCCUCGGCGGGGGAGCCCUGCGGAUGUCUAACGCUAGCGCUGCGGGAGGCUUUGGUGGCAGCGGGCUUGGCUUUGGUGGAGGAUCUGGGGGAGGUUUUGGUGCCACUUCUCUGUUUGGUUCUGGCUCCAGCUUCAGUGGGGGCUUUGGGAGCAGCUUAGGUAGUGGCUUUGGUGGGGGUUUUGGUGGCGGUGUAGGUGGUAGCUACGGCAGUGGCUUAGGCAGUGGUUUUGGGGGAGGCUUAGGAAGUGGUUUUGGUAGCAGUUCAGGCUCUGGUUUUGGAGGUGGCUUCGGCAGUGGCUCAGGUGCUGGGUUUGGAGGUGGUUUUGGCACUGGCGGCGGGGGGGAUGGCGGCCUUCUUUCCGGCUCCAAAAAAGAAACGAUGCAGAACCUCAAUGACCGUUUGGCUGCGUAUCUGGACAAAGUACGAUCUCUGGAGGAUGCCAAUACAGAGCUGGAGCGCAAAAUCCGAGAGUGGUAUGAGAAAAACGGCCCUGGAGCUGGUGUUCCUGGGUCUGGGAACGACUACAGUAAAUAUUAUCCAAUAAUUGAAGAUCUUCGAAACAAGAUCAUUAAUGCAACUAUCGACAAUGCAAGAAUCAUUCUGCAGGUCGAUAAUGCCAGACUGGCUGCCGAUGAUUUCAGACUGAAAUAUGAGAAUGAAGUGGCUCUUCGCCAGAGUGUGGAGGCUGACAUCAAUGGUCUGCGCAGAGUUCUUGAUGAGCUGACCUUGACAAGAGCUGAUUUGGAGAUGCAGAUUGAAAGUCUGAAUGAAGAAUUGGCUUAUCUUAAGAAGAAUCAUGAAGAGGAGCUUCAGGGCUUCCAGAGCAAUGCAGUUGGCCAAGUCAGCGUUGAAAUGGAUGCUGCUCCAGGAAUUGACCUCACCAAGCUUUUGAAUGACAUGAGGGGACAGUAUGAAGUCAUCGCCGAGCAAAAUCGUAAAGAGGCUGAAGCAUGGUUCAACGAAAAAAGUGGGGAGCUGAAAAGGGAAAUCUCUACCAAUACUGAGCAGCUUCAGUCAGGCAAGAGCGAGAUCACAGAUCUAAAACGGACUCUCCAGAGCUUGGAAAUUGAACUACAAUCCCAGCUUGCCAUGAAAAAAUCCCUUGAAGACACUUUAGCAGAAACGGAAGGAGGUUACUGCGCUCAGCUUUCACAAAUGCAACUUCAGAUUGGGAAUCUGGAGUCUCAGCUGUUUCAGGUCAGGGCUGAUAUGGAACGGCAGAAUGCAGAGUAUCAACAACUUCUAGACAUCAAGAGUCGUCUGGAAAUGGAGAUUGAAACCUACCGUCGCUUGAUGGAUGGCGAGUUUGUGAGUGGAGGACAAGGACUUACAUUUGAAAGCUCAUCUUUGACAGGGUCUAAAUCACAAACACAAUCACUGGAUUCUUCUCAGGAUCCUACCAAAACUAGAAAGAUCAAGACAAUUGUUGAGGAAGUGGUAGAUGGAAAGGUUGUUGCAUCCCAUGUUAAGGAAGUUGAAGAGAAGAUAUAAGGCACAGUCUGAUAUUGCAAAGGAUCCAUUCAUUCCAUGUUGCUUUCAAAGCAGAAGUGGAUAAAUAACCUUGUUCUUUAGCAUGAAGUAAAAAAAUAGAUUGGCUUUUUAACUAAGAUUCUUUUACAUAGAACAUGCGUUUUCAUUCUUAGCAGUCAUGCAAUGUACUUUCUACUUCAGUCUAUUGGUGUUACCUGCAUUAUUUUCAUGGUGUUUUUUAAAUCUAUCAUCAAUUCUUUGUUCAGUAACUAAAAAUGUGAUGCAAACGUUAGGCAUUCAUUUAGAUGUGCUUUUCUAUAUUUUUGAGUAAUUAAUAGCUAAAAUAUUUUUGCUAUUCUAACCUAAUUUUCCAGAUAUCUAGGCUAAUAAAAAAGGACUCAACAAGCUUUAA